ACUGAGAGAGUACGAGCAAAUCUCGACGUUUGAAUCAUUUUAAACAACCGUAUUCAGCGUGUAAGCAGAGAUAGGAAAGCACAUUACCGAAACGUGACAGAGGAAAAGUUGUAUAAGGGCUGAUUCUGACCAAUCAGAGUCCUCCAUUCCUCCCUGCGUAUCCAUGUGGGUGGAACUGUCGAUACAGAAAGGACGUCUUGCAUGGCCGAGGAGUUUACCAGCCGUUACAAUUUAUAACCAAUGCUUAGCCUAUUUCUGGGGUUGACUGUGUGUUUAAUUUGUGAAGACUACUGCUGCUUGUGGAUACAAACCUGAAAUAUUUGCGCGUUUGUUCUUUUUUGCGACCUAGAAGCUUGUGUUACACGGGCUUCACUCACGCCUCGUGUGAUAGCUGGCGAAAGUUAUACAACUUAAACACAUCGCUAGUAGCUGCAUACGGGUUUAUUUCGAGCUUAAUUCUUGCUCACUUCGUCGUUGCUUUUAAUCGAGACAAGAGUUGUGCCGUUUUUCUUGCGUCCUCCGGGGUCACCUGCUGUCCACAGAUGCAGCCGCUGCUGAUCGGGAGACCCUACUCUGUGGAUAUGUUCAUGGAGCAAGGUUAAGGUCAGACAAACCUCUAACGUUUCCCCACCAAUCCACUGACCAGGUUAAAAACUACUUCGUCCUCGAAUUUGAAUGGACACUUAACUAUUUUGCUGCCAAAUCAACGCAAGAGGGCGUCUUUUUGUUGUUUUUGGGAACCCCGUUCCCCUCCUUCUGACCCGACCAGGGAUAAACAAAGAGGGCCGUCGACAUGGUGGUCAACACCAUCCACUGGUUCAGGAAGGGACUGCGGCUGCACGACAACCCGUCUCUAAGGGACUCUAUCCGGGGAGCGGACACCCUGCGCUGCAUCUACAUCCUGGACCCCUGGUUCGCAGGGUCUUCCAAUGUGGGCAUCAACAGGUGGAGGUUUUUGUUGCAUUGUUUAGAGGACUUGGAUGCUAGCCUGCGCAAAAUCAACUCCCGCUUAUUUGUCAUCAGAGGCCAGCCUACAGAUGUCUUCCCUCGUCUUUUUAAGGAAUGGCAGAUCACCCAUUUAUCUUAUGAAUACGACUCUGAGCCGUUUGGCAAGGAACGUGAUACCGCCAUCCAAAAACUAGCCAACGAGGCUGCGGUAGAGGUGAUAGUGCGGAUUUCACACACGCUCUAUGAUCUGGAAAAGAUCAUGGAACUCAAUGGUGGUCAGCCUCCUCUUACAUACAAGCGCUUCCAGGCCCUCAUCAACCAUAUGGAUGCUGUGGAGCUGCCUGCAGGGACAAUCACAUCUGAGGUCAUUAAAAAAUGUGCCACACCCAUUGGUGAUGACCAUGAUGACAAGUUUGGGGUGCCCUCCCUGGAAGAGCUUGGAUUUGAGACAGAGGGCCUGACCACAGCAGUGUGGCCAGGUGGAGAAACAGAAGCCCUCAUGAGGUUAGAGCGGCACCUGGAGAGGAAGGCAUGGGUGGCAAACUUUGAGCGUCCUCGUAUGAACGCGAACUCCCUGCUGGCCAGUCCCACAGGGCUCAGCCCCUACCUGCGCUUUGGAUGUCUCUCCUGUCGGCUCUUCUACUUCAAACUUACUGAUCUGUACAGGAAGGUCAAGAAGAACAGCACCCCUCCACUUUCCUUGUAUGGACAGCUGUUGUGGAGGGAGUUCUUCUAUACGACUGCCACCAACAACCCCUGCUUUGACAAGAUGGAGGGAAACACUGUGUGCGUCCAGAUCCCCUGGGACAGAAACCCAGAGGCGCUGGCCAAGUGGGCAGAGGGACGGACAGGUUUUCCCUGGAUAGAUGCCAUUAUGACCCAGCUAAGGCAGGAGGGGUGGAUCCAUCAUUUGGCAAGGCAUGCUGUGGCCUGCUUCCUCACCAGGGGAGACCUCUGGGUCAGCUGGGAAGAAGGCAUGAAGGUCUUUGAAGAGUUGCUGUUGGAUGCAGACUGGAGUGUAAAUGCUGGCAGCUGGAUGUGGCUCUCAUGCAGUUCAUUUUUCCAGCAGUUUUUCCACUGUUACUGCCCUGUGGGAUUUGGACGACGCACAGACCCCAGUGGUGACUACAUACGGCGUUAUUUACCUAUAUUGAGGGGCUUUCCAGCCAGAUACAUCUAUGAUCCCUGGAAUGCCCCAGAGGAAGUGCAGAAGGCAGCCAAGUGUAUCAUAGGAGUGCACUACCCCAAGCCCAUGGUGAACCAUGCUGAGGCCAGCCGCAUCAACAUAGAGCGGAUGAAGCAAAUUUACCAGCAGCUUUCCUGCUACAGAGGACUGGGCCUGCUGGCAACAGUACCUGACAAUCCCAGCAAUGGUCCAAGUGGCAGUAAUGCUGCGGGAGUCAACAGAGGGACCAGUCAUGGUCCAGGAGGGCCCUCUGAAGCCCCGUCCAUUCAGGAGAGAACGUCUCGAACAGAAAGAGGACAGUCGACUCAGAAGAGGCGCUAUGAAGAGGCUCCAUCCAAGAGCAGCUCUAAAUCCUGGAGGCAGAGCAAAUAGCGUGUAAAAGACUGAAUACAAAGGUUGUCAGUCUGUAUCCUCUGGUACCACCCUAUCCUGCAGCGCACACAGCUAACACAGUAAUAACUUUAACUACCAACCAUGGAGUAGACAGAAUGUGGGUGUUGGAUCCAGCGGGUACUAUUGGCCGUCAGUCUAAAGGACUCUCCACAGUACAUGAUAUUUGUAAUGAGUCAAUCAGUCACGUGUCUUGGUCUUCAGAUACUGUAAAACACACCACACAUCUCAGGAACAGAAGAAGGAACGUGGAGAAAUUGGUCGUAAUUGAGAGAAUAAAACCUUACACUUUAAGGUAAAAAAAAAGGCAAACAAAAAUAAUCUCUUCACAUUAGAGUGUUGUGAGGCCACCUGUUGUCUUCCACUACAGUAUUUGUGGCCUCCACACCAUCAUGUGAAAAUGUCAAACUCUCCAUCUGUAGUGAUGGGAAUCAGAAGAUAUGUACAGCAGCUGACACCCUCGCCCAUUGUUGGCACACUGACUCAAACAGUAGUAAAGGAAAUUAGAAGUAAGACUGUCAGGUUUGGCAAUAAAGCAAGCCUUACAAAGGCUGUCAUAUACUUUGUAAAUAUUUAUUGUUUUUAAUUUCCAACUUUUGUAUAUUUGGUCAUGGAAUUUCACAACUACUUUUGUAAAUAAUAUGUUACCAAAACUCGAAAGUUCUACCGUGAAUGCAUGUGCUUUUGUUUCCCAUGUGAUGUUAAAUCUAUUAUUUUUGUAUUUUUGACCAAAUUCUAACUGUAUCGAAAUGGCAAUACAAGACAAACAUUGUUUUAUAUUUGUUUUAUUGCACUAUAAUACAAAUUUUAUUGCCAUCAUUCUCUUCACACAAGGAAUUGAAUUCCAGUAAUUGUGAACAGUAUUUAAAAAACUUGAAAUUUGUUUGUUGCAAAAUGUACAAAUUGAAUUGUUUUCUGUUUUGUUAGUCAUUUGGAAAGGAAAUUGAUCUCAGAGUCUCCUGCUGCCACUCAGUAGAUAGGACGCAUCAUUCUACUUUAAGGAAAUCUGGAAUCUCCAAGAAUGUGAGAUAUGUUCACAGCUAACUAAGACAAACUAUAGUUUAAGUUAUAUAUUUUACAUUUAAAUCCCCAUAUUUUUGUUUGUCUAAUUUGCACAAAUGUUUGGUGCACAUAUGGCUGAUUGGACUGUAAAGCUGCCUAUUUAUGUUUUUGAGUUAAGCUGUAUUGUUUAAAUACUACAACCUCA